AUGCAGUUUGAACAGGCAGCAAAUGCCACUCCUCAGUUCACAUCUCCUGCAAAUCUUUCAGAAGAUUUUCUGGAUGCACAGCCUGCAAUUGUCCUUUCCUCUGUUCUAGGUGAUGGGCCUCAUCAUGAUCGAAGUUCUGUUUACAACCAGAGCAACAUAGUAGAUGGAGUUUACUGCCUCCCAAUAGCACACUGGAUUGAGGUCUCUGGACAUACUGAUGAGAUGAAACAUACAACUGACUUCUAUUUUAAUAUUGCAGGACAUCAAGCUAUCCAUUACUCCAGAAUUCUGCCAAACAUCUGGCUGGGAAGCUGCCCUCGGCAGCUGGAGCACGUGACCAUCAAGCUGAAGCAUGAGCUGGGUGUUACAGCUGUGAUGAACUUCCAGACCGAAUGGGACAUUGUUCAGAAUUCCUGGGGCUGCAACCGCUAUCCGGAACCGAUGAGCCCUGAAAUCCUUAUGAAACUGUACAAAGAGGAAGGUCUUGCCUAUGUCUGGAUGCCAACCCCUGAUAUGAGCACUGAAGGAAGAAUACAGAUGUUGCCACAAGCUGUCUGCCUCUUGCACGGGCUACUGGAGAAUGGACACACUGUCUAUGUUCAUUGCAACGCUGGUGUUGGCAGGUCUACAGCUGCUGUCAGUGGCUGGCUGAAGUACGUGAUGGGAUGGAGCCUGCGGAAAGUUCAGUACUUCUUGGCUUCCCGGAGACCUGCUGUCUACAUAGACGAGGAAGCUCUUAAUCGUGCUGAAGAUGAUUUCUACCAGAAAUUUGGGCAUCUUCGUUCCUCAUGCAAAAUACAAGAGUAG